AUGCCGGAACACCUCCCCGCACUCCCGGCGGCCGGGGCCCGAGAUGUGGCCUCCGCCCUGGCGUCGGCAUCCGCCUUGGUCCAGGCGGGGGUGCCGGCAGAGGUGUUGGUGAACUUGGCGUCGUGGUACCGCGACCGCGCCGGGACCGGGUCUCCGACCGACGGGCCCGGCAGCGUCGCGUUGGUUAUCAGCUCAACACCGGCCCCCCUGGCGGCCCAGGGCGCGGCGACGGUGCCACAACCGGCGGCGGUCGGUCAGUCGACCGCCGCGACGGUGCACGGGGGCGACGGUCCGCCACCCGAUCCGGCGCCGGGGCCUCCCGGCCGACGGGGCGACCUUCCCGUGCGACGGGAGGUACGACGGGCCUGCAAACGCUCGGCCCUCGAGGCGGCGCUGGCGGAACACCGGCAGGAGGCCCUGGCUGACCUUGACGAGAACGUCCUGGCGCGCUCGCAGGGACCCUUCCAGUCGCGGGUCCGCACCUGGGUCGACUUGUCUGGCCCAUCUCCCUGGAAGCAGUUCGCAGCGUCGCGGCCAGUGUCGGUGGACCGGCUGACCACCCUGGUGACGAUCAGCGACGGCCCGGCCGAUCGGGCGUGGUCGCCGUGGACGUCGGCACACGCCGCGGAUGCCCUCCUCCUGGCGGCUUGGUUUAUGCUUCGUGAGAUUGAGUUCGCGGCGGCACGGACACAGGACCUCGAGGCGGCCGGCGGCACCGUCACCAUCCGGGUACCCCUGCACAAGGCGGCCACCGGCGGCCAGACCGAGCUGACCAUGCGCCAGCUCAGGUGCGCCUGUCGCGUGUCGGUGUCGCCGCUGUGCCCCUACCACGCGGCGGUCAGGCACACGGACCGCCUCAAAGCGGCGGGGCUUUGGUUCAGAGAUCGGCCGCUCUUCCCCGACAGCUCCGGCGCUACUUGGGAGAAGUCGUCGGCCAUCCUUCUCUUUCGUCGGGUCCUGGUGGCAGCCGGCAUACAGACCACGUCGGUCGACCACACCGGAGCGCCGGUCCAGCUGUUCGGCGGACAUCUGGCCAGGGUGGCCCCGGCGGCCUCAACCCACCAGGCGCCGGCCCUCUUGGACAUCGACCGGACCGGGAAUACUGGGGUCCCCCGGCAGGACUCGUCACCGGCGGAGUUUUCACCCGCGGUCGACUUCGUCCCGGAGCCCACGCCCGACCCGGCGGCCCUGACAGCCGCGACGGGGGCGGCGCCCGAGCACUAUAUCUACAACGCCAAGGCGCUGAGAGUGCACGCGGCGGACCCGGCCGAGGCCUCGGCUGACAGGUUCCUUUGGAAAACCAAGGGGUGCUCCUGGCCGUACGGCGUUCGGGCCUUUUACCGCAUCACCGAUAAGCCGGCGGAUGCGGCGUGGUGUUUGCGCUGCUUCCCCCAGUUUCGGGACAAGCCGGCGCCGGGCUCGCCCACCGAAGAGGCGGAGUCACCGGUUGCGCGCUCCCUCAAUCGCACGGCCACGCUGGCGCUUGUGGCGGACACCUGGGAGAGCGUGGAUACCAAGGUGUUCCGGCCCUUUCGCGACGGCAUCGUCGUGGCCGGCACCUUGCACAAGGUGGACGACGAGGAGGCCCCGGUGGCACAGGCGAUUCUACGCCACAUGUGGUCGGAGGCGAGGAGGCAGUGGGACCUGUUCUCGGCCCCGCCUCCCCGGCCGGCACCGGCCACGCCGGCACCCUCGCCGGCCUCGGCCUCGCUGACACCUGGCCCCGGCGAUAAGCCGCCCAAGCGCUUCCCGGAUUGGGGCCGACUCGUCGACGCAUACAACAAGGUCCUCUUGGGCGGCGAACCCCGGACCUUCCCGGCUGACGAGCUCCUCGGCGCUGAGGACGUGCUGGCGAGGAUGCACUGGGAGCACACGAGGGACAAGCUCUACACUCCCGUCGCCAUCGGCGAGCGUAGCACCGGCUCGGCACCGCACCAGCUCAAGCUCGUCGACGGCGCCCUGGCCGUUGAGGAGGACCGGCCCCUGGUGCCCAAGGGCAUCUGGUCCGUCGUGGCCAUCGUCGCGUACGUCGAUUGGUGGAUCGGCAAGGCCAGACUGCGGUCCCACCAACUCGACGCUGUCGUCGAUUACUGGGAUGCCGCUUCACACCGGCUUGCGUCGGAGAUGCGCCUCGGCAGAACCUUCGACGAGGUGUCCCGCCACAUCACCGGCGACAACCUGGCCUUCAGCGAGGCGAUGCUGGCGUCCAGGCAGCCGGCCAAGAAGACACACGCCACCCCGGCCAACGAGGACUACACUGGCGAGCCCGACGACCAGCCGAAGGGGAAGGCCAAGGGGAAAGGCACCCGCCGACGCCCCGGCAAGCGCCAAAGAAACGCCACCGGCCGGGACGGCCGGGACCAGGACUGGGAGGCGGACUGGCCCAACCGGCGGUGGACCAAGGACGACCGGGAUGACGACAACCGUCGUGGUGGCCGCUACCAGCAGACUGGCCGCAACGACGAGGACAGGAAGGCCGUCGCGGCGAUGAUCGGAAGAGGCGCCACCUUGGCUGUCAGACCGGCACUUCGCCGGCGGAGAAGGCGGCUCGACUACAUCGUGCUCUCCUUGUUCGACGGCAUCGGCGCCGCACCCGCCAUCCUUGAAGACUUGUAUGGCGAGCCGGUUGCGGCGUUCUCGUGGGAGGUCGACCGGCUCUGCGUCAAGCUGGCGUCGGCGAGGCUACCGUGGCUGACGAACCGCGGCGACCUCACUGCCGACUCGGCCCAGGCAGUGGCGGCCGCCAUCGAGAAAGCCGACCCCCAGGCCCGGGCGAUCGUCAUCGUCGCGGCGGCGCCUCCGUGCCAGGACUUCUCUCGGAUCGGGUCGGCAGCCGGCCACGCUGGCGAUAGAGGUGGCCUCUUCCUCAAGUCCGUCGACUUCGUGCACGACAUAGCGGGGCUCAUCGGCGACCGCCGCCUGGGCUUCCUCUUCGAGAACGUCGUGAUGGAGCCCAAGGACGCGGCGGUGGUGUCCGAGGCCCUGGGGGUUGAGCCAUUCGUCGCCUGUGCGUCGGACUUUGGCUGGAUAUCCCGCCCGCGGCUAUGGUGGAUGUCGCCGGCGGUGACCACUUUGUCGAUCGACCCGGCCCAGGGACGGCAGCUCCAGUGGGGCAAGCAGGGGUCGUUCCGACGACUUCGGCUGGAGUCGCCACGGGCACCGUCGGAGGACAUGGAAGCGGAUGGUCUUUUCUUCCACGAGGCGGUGACGUCGGGCCGGCUACGGCUGCCGUGCGCCACCACCCCGGCGGAGGAUGAACAGGGGCGACCGGCGCCCAAGCGCGUCCGGCAGAAACUGCCAGAGCCGGCCAAGGUGCGAUGGGCGGCCGAUGGCCGACGCUUUGCUCCCUGGCACUACGUCGAGGAGGCGAUGAUGCACGACGCCGCCGGCCGCUUGCGCAUCAUCCCACCGGCGGCCAAGGAGAAGCUGCACAUGCUGCCCCCCGGCUAUACGGCGGCCGACUUCCUCGACGACCGGGCCCGGCACAAGAUGCUGGCCAACGGUUGGCAUUGGGGCGUGGCGCGUCGGCUGCUGGCUAUGUUGGUGGUCCUGACCGCGGCAGGCCCGGUGCAGGCGGCACCGGCCCCGGAGCCCAGGCGGUCCACGAUGCAGUGGAUGGUCGAACAGUUUGGCGGCGGCCCGGUGCCCAUGGAGCCGCCGCCACGCUUGCGACCGGACCUGGAACUGCCUGACGACGACCCGGAUAGGCGCUGGCGCCUGGCGGGUCAACUGGUACAUUGCACAGUGGCACGCCGGCCGAACCUGGAGCCGGCGCUUGAACGGGUGCUGGAGCUGUGGACGCAUUGGCGCCAUGAGCUCGCCCGGCUGCGUCGGGAGGUGCUGGUCGAGCUGGCGCAGCUGGUCCUGGACAUGCAGGAGACCACGGAGGAGUGGUUGGCGUCACGGUCGGCGCCCGUCAGGUCCACUUACACGGUGCCUGGCAAGGCCCGGCACACGCAGAUCCCCGUCGUGCUGACUCUCCUCGAGAUGGUCGGUUACCCGGACGUGGUGGGCCUGACGGCGGACCUCACGGACGGCUUCGACAUGCUGGGCGAGCUCAGGCGUGGGCCCGGCUGGAAGCCGCGGACAGACGGCCGAUACUCCAACCCGGCGUCGCUCGACACAUUGGCGUCGGUGAACUGGAGCUACGUCAAG